AUGAAGACUACAGCUGCUUCUUCUUCGUCUGUUUCUUCUCUGUCAGCCGCGUCACUCCCACCUCCUCCUUCGUUAGCUUUUCCUCGCUUCAACCGUCGCCCUAAACCUCCUCAGCCGGCGGGUCUCCCCGGACUCAAACACAUCUCCAGCCUCAGUCCACCGUCUAAGUCCAGACCAGGACUCCUCCUGGCUCCAACGCCGGAGAUCACCAAACACAGGUCCAGCUCCAAAACCAGCAUCAAGUCCAGCUCUGACGGAAAUACUGCUGCUAACUCUGGUAAACUGCUCCACCUUCUGAUACCUCCAACAAACGUCCUUCAGCUGCUCCACAAACGUCCUUCAGCUGCUCCACCUUCUGAUAUCUCCAACAAACAUCCUUCAGCUGCUCCACCUUCUGAUAUCUCCAACAAACAUCCUUCAGCUGCUCCACCUUCUGAUACCUCCAACAAAGACACCUCCAGCAGCAGCAUACGGAGAGUUGCGUUCGAGUCAAAACCGAAGAAACCCAGAUCAGCGAUACGAGACGUGGACGUGGAGCAAAUGGCCAGAAGCAACCAGUUGUCCAAAGUGAACUCUGCGACUCUGUUGUCCUGGUUGAAGGGAAGAGGAGUUCUCGUCAGCGCCAAACACAGGAAGGAGGAGCUGAUGCUGAAGGUCAUGGGCUGUCUGGCCGAGGCCUGAGAGAGAGAGAGAGAGACACACACACACACACACACACACACACACACACACACACACACACACACACACACACACACACACACACACACACACACACAGUGUUUAAUUAAUAGACUUCCUCUGCAGUAUUAAUGCUGUGCUAAGCUCCUCAUUUAAGGGUUUAAUGUAAAAUAUGUCCGUCUUUAUCCGUCUGAAUCAGAGAGUGCAGCCGGAGCAGACCAGAGCGUCUCAUCUUCGCUAAUUGAGAUGCUGACGAUUUGCCAAAAACGAAAUUCUCGUGUCAGAUAAGGUCACGGCGGGGGCUCACACAGGAAGUGACAAAGUAAAGGUUUUACUCUCUGGUCUGGUUGGGUUUGUUUGUUUUGAGGCAUCAGAGAUUGUUCAGGUUAAAGGAGUUAUGAUGUUAAAAUAAGAUGUUACCUCUCGCUGCUGUUUAGAGUCGUAAAGCAGCUUUAACCAAACGAAGAUGUUUUACUGCAGGUUUAGUUCUUUACUUCAGCAGGUUUUUCAUGUUCUGUCAACAAACCUCUGACCCUUACAAUGAGUUAUCUUAAAUAAAAACACAUUCAAAGUUUCUUCCUGAAAAACUGCUUCAAAAAGUGUGCUUUGAAUUUGAAAACCUUUAUGUUUUUAUAGAGAAUUUUCUGUAUUCUAUUACCAAUA